ACCUGCUGCCUGCCCCGCCUCAGCUCGGCCUGCACAAGUGUUUAUCUUUUUCCUAGCUCCAUUGGUGCCAACAGGGUGUAACAUAGAUGGGGCCCCAAACAGCAGCAACUGUCGCGAUCGUCGCCAUCUGCAUAUCCCUGGCACAGACAACCGCCGUGGCCUUCGUCGCAACGAGCGCAUCUAGGGCAGCGGCAGCAGCGGCAGCAGCAGCAGCAAGGGGCAGGCGAGCUACCUGUCAGACAUUUUUUGGGCCCGACGGCUGCUGGGCACUCCGAGAAACGUUAUCAAGGACGAUUACUGCAGUGCCUCCCUUGCAAUAUCGUCAGUCGUCCUCGUAUCCGUCGUGGCUUGGUGGCCGUCGGCACAGGAUGCUUAGGGGUCGGCAUACGCGUAUGACAUCAUUCGGAGCGGGCAUAGGCGGUGGAGGGGGUGAGGAGAGCAACGCGCUCCUCCUGAGGAUGGACUUCGAGGAUGCAGACGCGGAAGAAUUGCGCCAGUGGAUUCGGAGAUACCCGUUUGGGACGGCCCUUCCCGUGCAGCCGUUCUCUCUGGUGGAGACGGUGACUGGCGUGGAUGUCGUGUUCAGAAAAAAGCCGACUCUCGAAAGAGGCUCGCAAGACGGGGGGCUUUGCUUCACCAUUGAGGACAAGGUCUCCGGGGAAGAAAUCGACGUGCUCACGGGCCCGACGCUGAUCAUGCGGCGCAUCUCCGAAGGGCAGGAAAUUCGGAAGAUGUUCGCGGAACGCAUCGUGGUGAAGGCGGUUGUCAAGUCCUUGGCGGGGGACGGCGCGCCACCUGGGACCAAAGUCCGAACAGUUCUGCACGAGGGUUUAGUUUAA